GGGCUGCAUGGCCUGCUGGUAGUUGAAGUCCAAAUGCUCAACAGGAAUUUAUGGCAGCCGAAAUGUAGUUUGUCUAUCUGAGAAGACAAUGCUCACGGAUGAAAACUUUCUCUUGGUUUUGCGCUUGCUCGAUUGGCGGAUUAGCGCGAUGGAGGCGCGGACAGGUGGGAAAAAGUGACGGAUAAAACUGAGAAUCUGAUGACCCCACAUGGAAUAAACAAGAAUUUUGGCAUAUCAGUUGAUCACUGGGGCAGUGAAACCAGGAGUUUUUAAAGGAAUUUUUAAUGAGUAUAAAAGAUUAAACUCUACAGAAGAAUGCAAUCAAGUGAUGGCUGUUCCUUUAGAAUUUGAAUAUGGAGGCUACAGGAACAGAUGAAGUUGACAAGCUAAAAACUAAAUUUAUAUCUGCUUGGAACAACAUGAAAUAUAGUUGGGUGUUGAAAACAAAGACGUAUUUUAGUAGAAAUUCUCCUGUAUUAUUGCUUGGAAAAUGUUACCAUUUUAAAUAUGAAGAUGAAGAUAAAAUGUUACCUACAACAUCCGGAUGUACAAUAGAGGAUCACGUAAUUGCAGGAAAUGUAGAAGAAUUUCGUAAAGAUUUCAUUUCUAGAAUAUGGCUGACCUACAGGGAAGAAUUUCCUCAAAUAGAAGGCUCAGCUUUGACAACAGACUGUGGUUGGGGCUGUACAUUGAGAACUGGCCAGAUGCUCUUGGCUCAGGGACUCAUACUACACUUUCUUGGUAGAGCUUGGACCUGGCCUGAUGCUUUGAAUAUUGAAAAUUCAGACUCUGAAUCAUGGACUUCCCACACUGUCAAAAAAUUUACAGCAUCAUUUGAAGCAUCGCUUUCAGGGGAAAGAGAACUCAAAACCCCAACAAUUUCUCUGAAAGAAACAAUUGGGAAAUAUUCUGAUGAUCAUGAAAUGCGAAAUGAAAUUUAUCACAGGAAAAUCAUAUCUUGGUUUGGUGAUUCCCCCUUGGCUCUUUUUGGCUUACAUCAACUAAUAGAAUAUGGAAAGAAAUCUGGGAAAAAAGCAGGAGAUUGGUAUGGACCAGCUGUGGUUGCUCACAUUUUAAGAAAAGCAGUUGAAGAAGCAAGACACCCAGAUUUACAAGGAAUAACUAUUUAUGUUGCACAAGAUUGUACAGUUUACAAUUCUGAUGUAAUUGACAAACAGAGUGCUUCCAUGACCUCUGAUAAUGCAGAUGACAAAGCUGUUAUUAUUCUAGUUCCUGUUAGACUUGGUGGAGAAAGAACCAACACCGACUACUUAGAGUUUGUGAAGGGUAUUUUAAGCCUGGAAUAUUGUGUGGGUAUUAUUGGUGGCAAACCUAAACAGUCAUAUUACUUUGCUGGAUUUCAAGAUGACAGUUUGAUUUACAUGGAUCCUCAUUACUGCCAAUCUUUUGUAGAUGUCAGCAUAAAGGAUUUCCCUCUUGAGACAUUCCACUGCCCUUCUCCCAAAAAGAUGUCAUUUCGAAAAAUGGAUCCUAGUUGUACAAUAGGAUUUUACUGUCGAAACGUUCAGGACUUCGAACGAGCUUCUGAAGAAAUCACCAAGGACUUCUGUGCUGCUGAGAUCAUUACGGAAGCAACAGUAGCAGGUGGCCUGGCCAUACAGGGAUUCCUCACUUGCAGCGGAGAAUGUUGCUGCCACUCAAAGUCACCAGGGGCUGCAGGGCUCCUGCGGAGACUCACAUCAUCUAACAACACACAUGCUCAAAACAGGGAAAUGUGCAUUUUCAGGAGAGGAAGAGACAAACCUUUUGUUUAGCUAAUUGGCAUGACAGAGUGUGACAUACACGUGCUCCUGGAAGAACAGUGUCAGGUGUCUGCACUCAAAAUCUGGAGCACAGGCAACUGGAGGAGGGGCUUCGUGACAUUGACUUUUAUUGUGUGUGUGUGAAUAUUUAUGGUUGUAUUUAAAUAAAUAAUUGAAAUUAUGCUGAACUGAAAAAA